GUUCGAACGUCAUUCGAAACACACGCGACUCUUUGCUACUACUCCUUUGGGGAGAACGAGAAAGAAAGAAAUAAUAAAACAAGAAAAAAAAAGAAAGAUUAUUAUUUCUUGUGAUUUUUGAAAUAUCUUUUGUCUGUUACAAGUUAUCGCAAAAGUGCAAGUUUCUUGGUACAUUGUUAUUAUUUUUCUUCUGAAAACUUUUUACUUUUAUUUUACUUGGUUGUUGUUAUUGUCGCUGUUUAUUUCUUUUAUUAUUCUUUUUUAAAAUAUCGGUGUGCACAAGUUAAUAGGAUACCAAAACAACGAAAAAGAGGAAUAAAAUUCGUGUGCGAUUAUCAUCAACGUGAUCGAGAAGGGACACUCAAGAUUUCUAGAAGCGAUGCGUCAGACGAUCUAGUGAUCAUGAACAAGACAGAAUUGAACAUAGUUCUUAGCACCGAACCUCCGAGGACAACAACAGCAACGAACGUGAUUCAUUCUCAUAUUCCUGUACCAAGGAUAACUAAUGCUCAAAUAAAACCGCAAGAAAGAUGUUUACCAAUAAGAAGAGGUUCUUUCGAAAAACUUGGUAGAACAACUUCGGUAGCUGCACAAAAAGCUAAUUUUGAAAAACUCGAUGCUUCGGUACAACUCAGAUCAAAGCAUAACAAUUUGUCGACGUCUAGCAUAGAAAUGCGAAAUGUCGAUGAUAAAUCUACCAAUCCGUUUAAAAAAAAUGAUUUUAUAUUUCCGAAAUUAAAUGGCAAUGGUAACAGUAAUACCACCAAUUGUUUCCUCGAAAACAAAUGGAAAAGUAAAUACGAGGAAUCGGAAAAAAGGAGAAAAUUGUUACUUCAAAAAACCGAGAUUGGAAACAAGGAACAUGCAGAUUUGGAAAAAAAGUAUCAACAAUUGCAAAGGCAAAACAGUACCUUGCAAUCGCAGGCUCAAGAAAAAGAAGAAAAGUUGAAUAAAUUACGGACAGUAUCCGAAGCAGUAUGCAAGGAAUACGAACAAUUAAAACGUCAGUAUGACGUUGAAACAGGUGCAAUGCACAAGGCUAUGCAACAAGCGUCGGAAUGGUAUAAACAAAAUCGAGAAUUGAAACGAAAAUCUCAAAUGAUAGCGCAAAAAUAUUUGCAAAUUCAUCCAGGAGGAUCGGUCGAUCUCGAUAUUUCCGACGAAGUUGAUUCUAAUUUCGAGGAUUUAGAUCAACUUAGAGAAACGGUUAGAGAACUCAGUCAAGAGAUAGCAAAACUCCAGACCGAUUUAAAUUCAGCACGAUUGCAGGAAUUCGAAGCUCAAGAACAAAUAACACUCUUGACGACUCAGUUGGAAGAGGAAAGAACGCUCAGACAGAAAGCCGAUGAUAAAAUAAACGAGAUGAAAAUGCAAAAAGAAAAUAUGGAAAGAGUGACAAAGAUGGUAGCAAAAGAGGUUCAAGCAUUGAAGACUCAAUGCGAUCGUGAGAGAGAAACGGCUAAAAUAAUGAAAUUGGAAGCAGACAAGGCACAGAAAGAACGUAACGUUUUGGCUCAUCAAAGUGCUCUCUUAAUGGCAGAGGUUGGCGAUGAUCCAAACGGAAGGUUGUUAACUGUCCUUCAAGAAGUAGAAUCCUUAAAGAGAUUAUUAGAGGAGGAACAACAAAAUCAUGCGUCUCACAUUCAAAUGCUUCAAGAAAAAUUAGAGGAGAAGGAAUCUAAUGUAGAGUUUGAAAUAGUUGAAGAAAAAUUAAAACUAGCUGAAUCCGAAUUGAACGUAGAACGACAGAGAGCUGAGCGAGCUGAAAGAUCGGUUUAUGAUUUAGAAGAUGUUGUUAGAAAUAUGGAAGAGAAAAUAGUUGAAUUGGAAGAGAAACUUGCUAGACCUUUACCUUCUUUGUUACCACCACCUCCACCUCCACCUCCGCCACCACCACCAUUGCCUUCAAUAUCAUCGACUGGAAAUGCGACUAUAAAAUUGUUAACAAAAGAAAAAUUACAUUCUGAAUCUAAUGCAGUUAGCGAUAUGGAGUCUAUGCUUGGAAUACAUAAGAAAAAUUCAACUGUCACUCAACAGCCCGUCAUCGACGAUAUUAUUAAUCAAAUAAAAGGCGGUCGAUUCACAUUGAAACAAACGGAUAAACAAAGAGAAGAGGAAAGAAAAAGACGACAAGAGGCAGAAACAGCGCCACCGGCUGUAUCAGAAAUGCUCAAUAUAUUGGGAACAAUGAGAAGAAGAGCUAAACCAACAAGACAAUUUCUUCAAAUCACUGACACAAAGACGUAAUUAAUGAUUUAAAAAAAGAAUGUUUAAUAUAUUAAGUAAAAAAAAUGUUUCUCUUUUCAGUUAUAAAAAAGAAUAUCUGUUAAGAGGGUUGUAUUAUUUAUAUUAUUAUAAAAAGAAAAUGUGUAUUUUUCUUCUUUUUUAUACUUUUGUUAUAGAUGCGUCUCUAACGAGAAGUUAAUGUUUAUAAAUAUGCUAUAAAUAAAAUCUAGGGUGAAAAGAUAUUAAUUAUCGAGGGGAAACGAUUUAUAAGUUUGCAAAGUUUGCAAUAAGCGGUAGAAAAAAUGUAUUAUCAUAUGAAAAGUUACACUUAUCAACAUAUCACAUACGUAUAUAUGUAUAACUUAUACUUAGUUCUUUUUCAUUUUUCUUUAAUAGAAAUACACGAAAAAGAUCUGUUUUCUUUAAAGCUAA